AUGUUCAAAACUUGUAAGGAUCAGAUAAAAAAAGUACUUGUGUUCGGAAGAGCGGGAAUCGGAAAAUCAACAUUUUGUAAAUAUGUUGCUCAUCAACGGGCAACUCUUGCCCUUUGGUCACAAUAUAAGUUAGUUGUUCUGAUUCCUUUGCGUCACUUAACUGAAAAUCGAUAUCCUAAAUUAUCAACUGGUUCCUAUUGUCUGAUCGACUUACUACAGACAGAAUAUUUAUCAUACUACAAUUUAUCAGAUGAAGACAAACACCUUUUAAAGCAUCAGCUUUCUGAAACCCCUGUUUUAUGGUUGUUGGAUGGUUACGAUGAAAUCGUGGAUAGUAUUCCUUCACAUUUAGAGCAUUUAUUGGACUACUUAUUCAAAACUACACAUCAUAUCGUAACAUCACGACCAUAUCGAAACGUCUUAUCAUAUGAUGUGCAAAUGGAAAUAACAGGCUUUACAGAUGAUAAUAUUGCUAAUUAUUUACAAAAAUUCUUCCAUUUGAUCCAAAACGAACCCGAAUACAUCUCAAAUGAAAGCGAAAAACUACGCAGCUUCUUGAAGAUGAAUCCAAGUAUUUGUGGUAUUGCACAUAUUCCGAUACAUUUGGAAAUGAUUUGUAGUGUUUGGGGUGACAGACAUUGGUCAGACACGAAAAUACUGACGAUGACAGAACUAUAUGAAUAUAUUGCUGAAUGGAAACCAUUGUUUCUUAAUGUUCCAGUACAGGAUAAAACAUUGAUAUUAACAACAAAUGCAAGUAAAAUAGAUAUAGGUGGAGUUUUACAACAAGAAGUUAAUGGUGAAUUACGUAAUUUAUGUUAUCAUUCCCAAUUAAUGACAGCUUGUGAACGACGAUAUAGUACCAUUGAACAAGAAGCACUUGCCAUUUAUAAAUGUUUUGCAGGUAUGCGAUCAUUCAUAUUAGGAAGAAGUAUCAUCAUCAUGACAGACCAUUGUCCUUUGUGGAAUAUAUUAGAAAGAACAGUUAGAAAUGUCAAAGUAGAUCGUAAAGGUAGAGAAAAUUAUCGUCCCGACUUCUUAUCACGUCAUCCAAGAGAUUAUGAUGACUUAAACGAUAUUGAUUAUGGUUUAGCAAAAAAGGAUUUGGUUGACGAAGUUGCUAAACCCUCUUUCUUGCUGCCAGUGGCAGCAGGAGUAAGGAGACAAAGAUUUUCUAAACAGAACCUUCUAUCAGCUAUGACAUUAAGAUCACACAAUAAAAAUAAUAAUAAAGCAGCAACAACAACAUCUGAUGACGGUAAUAAUUCAUCCAUUGAUAACAAUUCAGAUACAAAUUCAGAACCACAGAAAAAACUUAAACAAUCUCUAAUAGUAGUCUAA